ACUGGAGAGAUGGCUCAGCUGUUAAGAGAUCAUACCUACAUCAUGCAAAGAACCUGAGAGACAAAUGAUGCAGUCUCAACUCUCAUUCCUGUUGGACGCCUAGUUUCUAAAGAAGCCAAUUAGCGACGCACAGGUCCUAAAGUACGGAGUCAACAGGAACACAAUCCACAUUCAGGCUCCUCACAGACCCCGGGGUGUGGGGAUGUCACUAAGUUUAGCCGCCUUGUUCCUACUGGUGACCAGCGCCAGGGUCCAGACCCAGACAAUCCCUCCUCUGCCUUCAUCUGGGACCCUGAGCCUGGAAGAUGUCGGAGUCUCACCCGGGCCACCCCUAGGCUCACACUCGCUGCGGUAUUUCUACACCGCUGUGUCCCGGCCCGACCUCGGGGAGCCCUGGUUCAUAGUUGUCGGCUACGUGGACGACAGGCAGUUCGUGCGCUACGACAGCGACGCGGAGAAUCCGAGGAUGGAGCCGCGCGCGCCGUGGGUGGAGCAGGAGGGGCCGGAGUAUUGGGAGGGGCAGACACAGAUCGCCAAGGGCCAUGAGCACAAUUUCCGAGUGAACCUGAGGACCCUGCGCCACUACUACAAUCAGAGCGAGGACGAGCCUCACACGCUGCAGUGGAUAUCCGGCUGCGACGUGGGGCCCGAUGGUCGCCUGCUCCGCGGGUAUUGUCAGGAGGCCUACGAUGGGCGAGAUUACAUCGACCUGAAUGAGGACCUGCGCUCCUGGACUGCCACUGACUUUGCCUCACAGAUCUCUAAGAGCAAGUCAGAGAAGGUCGAUGAGGCCGACCACCAGAGGGCAUACCUGCAAGGUCCUUGUGUGAAGUGGCUCCAGAAAUACCUAGAGCUAGGAAAGGAGAAGCUGCUGCGUUCAGAACCCCCAAAGGCACAUGUGACCCAUCACCCAAGAUCUAAAGGUGAUGUCACCCUGAGGUGCUGGGCCAUGGGCUUCUACCCUGCUGACAUCACCCUGACCUGGCAGUUGAAUGGGGAGGACCUGACCCAGGACAUGGAAUUUGUGGACACCAGGCCUUCGGGAGAUGGAACCUUCCAGAAGUGGGCAGCUAUCGUGGUGCCUCUUGGGAAGGCAGAAAAAUGCACAUGCCAUGUGCAACAUGAGGGGCUGUCUGAGCCCCUCACCCUGAGAUGGAGUAAGGAGGGUGUGGGUGCAGAGCUGGGGUCAGGGCUGAGAGCUGAAUGGUCUUCAUCAUCUCUUCACCUCCCCUUUCCUCCUUUACCCUUCCCUUCUCUCACCUCUCCUUCCCUCUCCUCCCAUCCUCUCCCCUCCCCUCCCCUCCCUUCCCUUCCCUUCCCUUCCCUUCCCAUCUCUUCCCAGAGCCUGCUUGGUACAAGAACCCCACCACAUGGAUUGUUCUAGUUUCUCUCAUCAUCAUCAUUUGUCUUGCCUUGGUGCUUUACAGAUGCAUGAACAAGAAUGCAGGUAGGGAAGAAAUGUGUUCUGGGUGUUCUU